AUGUCAGAUAUUAUACAUCAGAUAAUUACAAUACUCUGUUCAUUCAUCUUAUUUCUAGGUAAGUUCGGACCAUAAAAAUUGGACAAGAUUAAAGUUUUCUCCCGUCAAUUCCUAGUAAUAUAUCCAAACAAUCUCAAAUUUAAUUUCAGUUAUGUCUCUAACUUGUUCUCGCAAAUCAUCAACUCGAGAACAAGCAAAACCUCGUGGAAAUAGAUAUCUAGAAGGAAUUCAAAGUCCAGAUUGUUGUGAUAAGAAAUUGAAAAAUACACCGUGUAUGCCGUGUAAGAAUGAACCAAAAAGACCAGGAAAAAUGUCGAUUUCGAUGAAGAAGAUCAAAUCGAAAAAGGUCCAACAUACAGAAGUUCCCCACGAAAACAAGACAAUUGUUUGCCCGAAUCAAAGACCUGGUUAUUCGAAAAGUACAAUUGCAAUUCAAGAAGCUGCGUUGUCACAGAUUUUCAAUAAUACAACAAAUACAUCAGAAUCUGAUCGGGCAAAUGAGAAUGUUGAAAAGAAAGCGGAGAAAAAUGAGGCGAAAAGGGGGGAAUCAAAAGAUGAGGAAUUAUUAGAUUUGAAAGAUACUCAAUCGCCUCCAAGAAGUGAAUAG